AGUAGUGACAUGAUUUAGAUCGAAUGUGGUAGUAGUUGUUCCCAUUUUCCAAUGGAUUUUGACGAAAUUUUGCGAAACGUAGGAGAGUUUGGAAAAUACCAGAAACUGGUAGUAUGGUUUAUUUUACUACCCGCAGUUUUUCCAUGCGGAUUUCAUGCAUACAAUCAGCUUUUCAUGGCCUCAAUACCAGAUCAUCGGUGUAGAACAGCCCAGAUUGUAGACAUGAAAAACUUAAGUAUACCUUUGGAAUUAUAUGCGGAUGGACAAACAGGAUUGAGCCAGUGCUCCAUAUAUAACAACGAUUCCAAAAUAGUUCCUUGUCAGAAUGGAUGGGUUUAUGACGGCGAUAUUUCAAAUUCAGUUGUUUCCCAAUGGGAUCUGGUCUGCGAUAAAGAUUUUUUAGUGACUUUAGCUCUGGUACUUUUUGGAGCCAGUGGAUUGAUUGGAAAUUACAUUUUCGGAUAUAUUCAAGAUGGAAUGGGUCGAAAACCAGCCUACUUCAUUUUCCUAUUUAUUCAAUGUGUUUUCGGUAUUGCUACGUCAUUCGCAGGAAAUUAUAUCACAUGGACAGUUUUCAGAAUUGGCGUUGGUUUCACCAUACCAGCUAUACUUGGAACACCAUAUGUGUUAGCAAUUGAAUUGGUAGGACCUAAGGAAAGAACCAUCGUGACAAUCCUGAUAAACAUCGCAUAUUCCUUAUCUUUGGUGUCGUUAUCUAUUAUUGUAUGGGCCAUUCGUAACUGGAGGUGGAUGGCAUUAGUAACAACUUUACCGUUCUUGACACUAUUUCUUCAUUUUCCCUUAUUGCCAGAAAGUCCUAGAUGGUUAUUAGCUAAAGGAAGAUUUGAUGAAGCCCAACACAUUCUUGCAAAGAUGGCACGGAUAAACGGGAAGGUUAUACCAAGCGACUUCAUUACUACUUACAAGAAAAACAAUUUGGAAGAGAAGAGAAAACUCAAAGAACAACACUCAAAGUAUGGAAUCAGGGAUUUAUUCAGAUCUAAAAAUUUGCGAUGGAAAACGAUCAUCAUAACGUUUAUCUGGUUCACGAACACAAGCGUAUAUGUGGGAUUAUCUUAUUAUGCCCCAUCCCUAGGUGGAGACGAAUUUUUGAAUUUUUUUCUUGGUGGAGCGGUGGAGCUACCGACGUAUUUGUUUCUGUGGCCUGCUAUGGAAAGACUUGGUAGACGUUGGACUUUGUGCAUCAGCAUGAUAAUCGGAGGAACUUCCUGUUUAGCAACAUUCUUGGUGCAAAAUGAUUACGUGACUACGUUAAUUUUGUAUUGUGUUGGCAAAAUGGGAAUUUCUUCGUCUUUCGUCGUACUACCGUUGAUGGCAUCUGAACUAUAUCCAACUGUUGUUAGAGGGCUGGGAAUGAGUCUGAGCUCAGUUAUAGGAAUGCUUGGUCCAAUUUUCAUACCACUAGUCAACUAUUUGUUGGUUCAGCAGGAGCUCGGCUGA